AUGUAAAAUUAAUAUGAGUUAGCAACAAGUAGGGCAAAUGAUGAAUAAGAGAGAAUAAAUUAUUGGUAAGGUAGAAAUUAAAUAAAAUAAAGGCGUGAACAAAGUGAGUUCGUCGAUUGGAUAAAGAAGCCUGAAGAAAUAUUAAGAAAGAGAGAUGAAUAUUUUUAUGAUUGGUUUAAUGAUGGUCGAUUGAAUUUUUGUUAUAAUGCAUUGGAUCGUCAUUUAAAAGAGAGAGGAGAUGAAGUUGCUUUGAUUUGGGAAAGUAAUAUGAUAAAUAGAAGUAUAAAAUAUACAAGAAAAGAAUUAUAUGAUAAUGUUUCUCGUUUGAGUGGUGUAUAUCAAUAAUUUGGUAAAAAAUGAUAAUAAAUAAUAAAAAGGAGUAUCAAAAGGUGAUAGAGUAAUAAUAUAUAUGCCAAUGAUUCCCGAGGCAGUAUUUGCAAUGUUAGCAUGUUCAAGAAUAGGAGCAAUUCAUUCAGUAGUUUUUGGUGGAUUUUCAGCAUUAGAAUUAAGUGGUCGAAUAAAAGAUUGUAAGCCAACUUUAAUAAUAACGGCAUCUUGUGGUUUAGAGGUUAAUAAGAUAGUGGAUUAUAAAAUUAUGUUAGAUGAGGCAAUCUAAAUAGCAGAUCAUCAACCAAUAUGUUUAAUAGUACAAAGAUAAACUAAAUAAUGCAAUAUGGUGAUAGGCAGAGAUUUCGAUUAUUACACUGCAAUGAAGUUUGCAAAUCCUGUUGAUUGUAUUGAAGUAGAAAGUACUCAUCCUUUAUAUAUUCUUUAUACUUCUGGUACGACUGGAUAACCAAAAGGGUAUUAUUGUUAAUUAAUAAUAUAUAUAAUAGUAUCUAAAGAGACACUGGAGGUACUUGUGUUGCUUUAUUAUGGACAAUGAGACAUAUUUUAGGAUUAAAGAAAGGAGAUGUGUAUUUUUCUAUGGCAGAUAUAGGAUGGGUUACCGGACAUUCCUUCACUGUUUAUGGUCCACUAUUAUAAGGGGCAUCUAUUGUUUUAUAUGAGGGGAAACCUGUUUAAACUCCUGAUCCAGGGGCGAUAUGGAGAAUUAUUGAAAAACAUAAAGUUGUAGGAUUCUAUACAGCUCCAACUGCUUUAAGAGCUAUGAGAAAAGAAGAUCCUAAUGGAGAUUGGAUUAAGAAGUCUAAUAUUUCUAGUUUGAAAAGUAUUUCUAUGGCUGGAGAAAGAUGUGAUAUACCUACAUAUAAUUGGAUCAGCAAUAAUACUGGAGUUUUAAUAAAUGAUCAUUAUUGGUAAACAGAAACAGGAUGGAUCAUUUCAUGUAAUUUUAUGGAUCUUCACACAUUCCCUGCAAAACCUGGUAGUGCUACUAAACCUUCUCCUGGCUUUGUUAUCAAAAUUAUGGAUAAUGAAAAUAAAGAACUACCAAAUGGAUAAAUGGGUAGAAUCUGUAUCAAAUUACCCAUGCCACCUAGUUUCAUGUAGACUCUUUACAAUAAUGAUUAAGCAUUUAUUCUAAAAUAUCUAUCUGAUACUCCUGGAUAUUAUACUGCUGGAGAUGCUGGAUUCUUUGAUCAAGAUGGAUAUCUUCAUAUCAUGACUAGAAUUGAUGAUAUUAUCAAUACUGCAGGACAUAGAUUGAGUACUGCUGCUAUGGAAGAAGUUCUCUUAAAACAUUAAGAUAUUGUUGAAGCUGCUGUUGUUGCUAAAAUUGAUGAUCUUAGAGGAGAAAUACCUGUUGGACUUGUUGUUAUCAAAUAAGAUGUUAAUGUUAAUUCAUCUACUCUAGAAAAAUAACUAGUUUCCAUGAUUAGACGUGAUAUUGGACCCUUAGCUUGCUUCUAAAGUGUCAUCAUUGUUGAUAAACUACCCAAAACUAGAAGUGGCAAAGUUCUUAGAGGUACCAUUAAAGCUAUUGUUAAUGGAUUAUAAUAUUAAGUAUCAUCUCACUUUUUAAACUCUAGAUGCCUGCUACCAUUGAAGAUGAUACCGUCCUUGAUAAAAUCAAAAUCAAUUGUCUCAACUAUGGAAAAGGAAUGGGAUAAUAUUGUAAUUUAGAUUUCGGUAAUUAAGACAUCUAUGUCGAAGAGUGA